GCGAACAUUUUGUGACAAUCUUUAUACUUUUAAACUGUGAAAUUUGUUUCGAAAAACAAAACAAAAAUGCAAAUCUCAUCUUGGAUAGUGAUACUUAAAACAUACAAUUGGUUAUUACUUAUAUUGGCUUGCCAAUGUCGACCAAAUCUAAUUCUAGCCAAUCGUUUUCAAUCACAUCGUACACGUUUACUUGAUACAGAACAAAUUUAUAAGGAAAGACCAAAACCGGUAUAUAAUCCAAAUGGUGGAAAUAAUUAUGAUUUGAAUCGUCGUCAAUAUCAAGAAUCAUCCGAUCAUCCGAAUAUUCAUCAAUAUAAUUCGGGAAAAUUAUAUCCAGAUAGUAGUAAUAUUCAUUCAAUAUCUACAUCGGAUCAUAAUCGUGAUCAUCAUCAUCAACAACAACAACAGCCGCAUCAACAACAACAGCAGCAGCAACAAAAAUUCUUUACAAUUUUACAUAAUAAUAAAAAUGAACUAGAAGAUAAUGAUGAUGAUUAUUUGGAUGAAAUUGGUCAUGGUUGUAUGGCACCGGAUCAACGAUAUGGUACUUGUUAUGAUGCAUCAAUUUGUGCUGAAAGAGGUGGAAUACCGAUGGGACGUUGUGGUGGUAGUAAAAAUGGACAUGUUUGUUGUUUAUUUGAAAUAACCUGUUCACAAACCAUACGUGAACGACAUGUUUAUUUUCGUAAUCCAAAUUUCCCGUAUUCAUAUGAUGGCCAAAGAAUUUGUCGUGCUAAAAUACAAAAAAUCGAUACAACAAAUAGUGUUUGUCAAUUGAAAUUAUCAUUUAAUCAAUUUGAUAUUGCAAAACCAAUCGAAGGAAAUUGUACACAGGAUUCAUUUUUAAUAUCCGGUCAAAAUGAAAAUAAUAUUAUUCCACGUAUUUGUGGCCAUAAUACUGGACAACAUUAUUACAUCGGUGUUGAUGAAUCCGGUAUGGUAACAUUACAUAUGGUUUUUCGUGGUGAUUAUCCACGUAAAUUUGAUAUUCACAUUGAACAGAUUGAUUGUGGUUCUCGAAAAACGGCUCCUGCACAUUGUCUACAAUAUUAUGAAGGAACACAAGGAACAAUCAAAAGUUUUAAUUAUGAUACGGAUGAAUUAACAAAUCGUAAUGAUUUAUCAAAUGUUCUGAAUGAAGGUUAUCCAAACAAUGUUGAUUAUAUGAUUUGUAUUCGUAAAGAAACUGGAUUCUGUUCAAUUUCAUAUGAAUUUAUGUCUGAUCAAAGUGGAGCGGUUUUUCCAUUCUCAGUUGGUUUAUCAACAAAUCAAUUUAGUAAACGUAUUGGAUUACAUCAAACUGAUGAUUAUGGUCAAUGGACAACAACUGGAAAAAUGUAUUCAACAGUACAAACAACACAAUGUGAUGAUGAUUAUCUGAUUGUAAGCGGAACAAAAGUUUGUACAAAAAUUGUUGAUUCCAAUGAUGAACAUUUAAAUGAUUCAACCAAAGAAAAUAUUGAACCAACUGAACCAUCAUCAUUAUCACCAUCAUUAGAAGAUUUAAUAACACCGGGUAAUAUAAGUGAAAAUAGACCAUAUCGUAAAAAUGGACAUGAAAAUCGUAAUGGUGAUCUAUUAGAACAUUUAGGUUCAGAUUUAUCUGGUGAAGUAGAAGAAUUACGACGUCAUCAUCGUCAAGUGGAAUUGUUUAAAGAUGUAUUAACACGUCGUUAUCGUUGGAUGAUGUCAUCGCCAAUGAUUCUACGUAAAGAUUCACUUAAACGUUUACAUCAAAAUUAUUUAAUGACAACUGAUUUUACACCAGGACCAUUUCAAUUAAGAUUUGUUUCGAAUAGUGUUAAUAAUGCUAAAGGAUUUUAUUUAGCUUAUAGACAAAAUCCAUGCAAAAUGUAAAACACUUAUUAUUUUUUUUUCUCCUUUUCUUAUUGUUUUUUUAUUUCUCCUGGUAUAUGGUGUUUGGGUUAUUACUUUUUUUUCUCCCCUCUCGAUAGUAAUUCUAUGUCUUAAUAUUUUCUGGUGAAAAUGAAGCAAACAAACAACAACAACAACAACAACAAAAAAUCCUUGAAUCCUAACCAUAAUCGACCAUUGCUCUCUAUACACACAUAUUUAACGAACAAACAAACAAAAAAUGAAUGAAUGAAUGAAUGUUUUGGGCCUCAUUACUUUUUUUUUCCUAAAUAAAAAAUAAAUUUUUC